CUGGGAAGAUCAAGUAUGUGGCAGCAGCGUCAGGUGCUUUGCUCCCUGUCAUUGGUGUUGGAAAUGCCAAGGUUAAGGGAGCUAAUGGGGAGCUUGUGGGGCUUGGGAAUGUUCUGCUGGUUAAAGGCUUGUCUGCUAACCUUCUCUCUGUGCGACGACUGCAGAAGAGCAAGGCCGAAGUGACCUUUGGACCAACCAGCUGCCGUGCUAAGCUUGGGAAGAAGGUGCUAUGGAGUCUGGAAGAGGAGACCAGUUGCAUCAAGGACCUGUGGCAGCUGCCCAUCAUCCCAUGGAAUGGGAAGACUCCAACAGCAGCAACGGCAGCAGCGGCAAAGGCAACAGCAGGAGGAGAUGCAACUGCACCAACUGAUGGGGUCCUGGAAGCAGUCAAGAAAGUGCAGCAGCAGCAGAGACAUGGUGAGGUGCUUGCUGGUGUGGAUGCGAGUGCGGCAUGGGCUAAGGCUUCAUCAAAGAGUGGAGAGGCCGAUUGGGAGACAUGGCAUGAGAGGCUGUGUCAUGUGAACUUCCCUAUGCUACAGAAGUUGGUAAAGGAUGGGAGCCUGAAAGGCUUGGAGGUGAAAGGGGGAGUGAAGGAGAUUGGGAGCUGCCCUACAUGCUUGGAGACCAAGUUCUCCAAGUUCCCCUUCAACAGCACUACAGGACCAGCCAAGACCCCACUUGCACUUGUGCACAUGGAUGUGGUGGGGCCCACAAGAGCCCCUUCCCUCUCAGGCAGCCGCUAUUUCUUGACAAUUGUGGAUGACCACACUCGAGCAGCAGAUGAGUUGCAGCAGCCUUCAAGACAGGUAGAGGUUGCAGUGUCAGAGGAGGAGAUGUCUGGGGUGACUGAGGAAGGGGGAGCAGCUGAAGUAGAGCAGCAGCAGCAGCAGCAUGACAAGAAGCAGAAUGAGGUGGGAUUGUCCUCAUGUGAGACUGAGUACAUGGCCUUACACCAUGGGGCCAAGGAAGUAGUGUGGCUAAGGCGUUUGUUGGAGGAGUUGGGAGUUGGUCAGGAGGAGCCGACAGUUGUGUUCUGUGACAAUGAGUCUGCUGUGAAGCUCGCCAAGAAUGCUUGUUUGCAUGGGCUGACAAAACACAUAAGGCCUAAGUGGCACUGGGUGAGGAGACUCCUUGAUAAGGAGGUGCGGCUGGAGAUAGUGAAGACCCAUCAGCAGGCAGCAGAUAUUUUCACCAAGCGUCUGGCGGAGGCGGAUCAUUGGAAGGGCAUGAAGCUUGCUGGGAUGAGUGUGCAUUGAGUAUGCAUGCUUGAGAUGUUGGUAUGGUGGUUGAUG